AUGUCAUUUGAAAUAACGUUUUUAGGUGCUAGUGGUGGUCCAUUAGAGGGCAAUACAUGUUCACUACUACUUAAAUCUACAGAUGUCACUUAUCUGGAACUUUUGGAAUUGGAAACUGGCGCUGAAUCUGAGGGUGGCAACAGCAACAGCAACAGCAACAGCAGCAGCAGCAGCAACAGCAACAGCAAUACAUACAAGACCAACACAGAAGAGCUACUUUGCAUUGAUGCCGGUUCAGGUAUGGGUAAGCUCACAGAAAUCAUAUAUCAAGAAAGCAAGUACCAUCAAUCAGCAUGUAACUUGCUAAAUUACUAUUUCGAUUCUGAACCUAUUGACUAUUAUUACCACCAGGAUGUCAAGCGUAUAGAACCAUUUGUCAAUUUCAACGAAUACAACACCAUCACAUACUCCAAACUUUUGUUCAACAAGUUGAACAAUUUUCUAAUAACUCAUCCGCAUUUGGAUCACGUGUCAUCAUUGGUGAUAAACUCUGCUGGUUUCACGGUAAAUAACCCACCAAAACAAGUUUACGGAUCCAAAUACACAAUCAAUUCGCUCCAACAGCACUAUUUUAACGGGAUAGUGUGGCCCAAUAUGCCGAGCUUUGAUAUUCUUGAAUUGGCACCGUUGGAAUUUGAUAUUACCCAUAAAAUAGGCAAUUAUGACGUACAAAUGUUUCCAGUAAGCCAUGGUGAAUUAAACAUGAUUGAGAGUAAAAAAGGUGGGAGGCAUUCAAGCAUUACUACGAUACCUGCAGGAGUUAAUGAAACCCACUAUACAAUGGCUUCAACCCAUCGGAAAAGCUCUGAUCCCGAUGUGCAUCAUUACCAAUCCACGUCAUUUUUGAUAUCGAAAAACGAUGCGUAUCUACUUGUGUUUGGCGACUUUGAAAGUGAUAUGGUUAGUAAACUACAACGCAACUUGAAGAUUUGGCAAAGCGUGGCGCCGUUGGUGCUAGGGCACAAAUUGAAAGGAGUGGUUUUGGAAUGUUCAAAUGCAAAAGAAACUGAUCCAAACAAAUUGUAUGGACACUUGACUCCAAAGCAUGUGAUUUACGAAUUAAACCAAUUGAAUCAGGAGUGCAAGAAGCUAGGGGGUAGUGACGUGGAAGUACCGUUGAAGGGACUAAAUGUCAUAAUCAACCAUGUUAAGGAACCAAUACUUUCCAAUAUCCGUGAAAUUACUGAUCCUAGAAAACACAUUUUAACCGAUUUGAACAAGUACAAUCAAGAGCAAGGGUUGGGGUGCCAUAUAUCAAUCGCUCUAAGUGGAACUACUAUAGUUUUAUAG